GGCUGUGUAGGACAGGAGUUAGACACCAUUAAGAAGGUCUGUGUAGAGCAGAAGCAAUGGGGAUGGUACAGUGGUGGACCCUACUCUGGAUAUCGAGAUACUGUCACACACUUUCAGCUGAGGUGUUGGUGCAGCACAAAUACUUCAUUUCUGGGGAUUAUCAGAGGGUCUCUCUACAAGCCCCUGCUGAGCCCAAAGGGACAGAAUUCAUCUGGGAGUGGACAUCUCAUGACGGACAAUACAGAAACGCUUGUAUAAUAACUAUGCAGUCCAAUGGAAAGUAUUCAUGGAAUCUUAAUAGGACGCCCUUUUCAAAACAAAGAAAGUAUAACCUUUCUCUGAAACCAGAGUUAAAAAAUGCAGGAGUUUUUACUUUCAUUCAAACUAAGCCAGAGAAAGUGCACUUGGCACAGAUUGAAGUGUUUGCUAUAGAAGUGAAACCAUUACACUGGCACACAGAACAUGAAGGAUCUGAUGUGACCAUGAGCUGUGAGGUAUCCCACCUUCCAGAUUCAGCUACACUGGCCUGGGAACGGGACAGAGAACCCACUGCUAACACAACGCUGAUCUACAACAACACUGCCCACAUCAUCAUCCACAGUGUUGACCAACACAGUGAGGGAACCUAUAACUGUACACUCCGACGGAACGGAGCGCUUAUUUUCAGCGUUCCCAAAGAAUUUAUAGUCUACAAGGUCUCAGUAGAGCCCCCUGGUGGUCUGUCCAGGAAUCAGUCGGUUGUGCUGAACUGUGAAAUUUCGCAGGGGAUCGAAUCUGUGACCCUGGCCUGGCUCCGGAUGAAGGGGGACAGGGGGGAGCUCGUAAAACAGGAGGUCCUGACAAAGAGAUCCCCAAAAACGAUGCUCAGUCUCACCCUGCUCAGCCUCACUGAAGACCAGCUACACUGGGCCUGUGUGGUGUUCACAGGGAGCGUGCUCAGAGCACAGGUCCCCCUGCACCUCACACAGCCAGAAACGCCCAUCACUGACCCCGAAAAGUCAGAGGAAGGGUGGAGCACUGAGACAGUGGUCAGGGUGGUGAUUGUAGCGCUGGCCACCCUGGGGAUGCUAUUGGUUCUGAGGUGGUACUGGUCCUGGACGAGACGCCAAGCAAGUAAGGACACUCGCACUGGGACACAACAGCCAAGCGCUCAACAUCUUUCAGCUUUGAAGGAAGACAGGGGACCAUGGCCCUGAAACCAACUGUUCAAAGUAUCUUAUCACUGGACAUAGGCUAAACUCAGACCCUUUUCUUCUUAAGUUUACAAACAUUUACAGAUUGUCUCAAAGUCUAAUUUAAGUCUAACCACUGUGCUGCCUGUAACUUAAGCCAAAGAAACCACUUCCAGAUUUCACCAUCAACAGAGUCUGAUAAAGACUGAACAGUUU